AUGCGGUUGGGGGGGGGCAGGAGGGAUGGAAGGAGAAGCUGCUUCCACUUGACGCUGCUUGCUCAAUGGUGCUCGCUCCAUGCUGAUUUGCUAUUGCUACGUAUGCCCUCCUGCUGCUUCCAGGUUGCUACCUGGAUCCGUACUGUGUGUGUCCAGCUGUGCGUCCCUCAGUCUCCGCAGGCCAUCAGUGAAGCUUUGCGACUCGUAGCACCUCUUCCCACUUCGUCAUCCACUUCCUACAGCAAACCCGGUGACACGGCAUACACGGCAUCAACCCAGAUCAAUGGUUAG